CCCGCGAACUGCCCACCGACCCAUGGACUCAGUCAAACAACGCAAUCUUUGCAAACCGCACGCCUUUCUUCACUCCUCCAGCACCCAUUCAAGACCAAGAAAUGAAAACUCUCCUCGCUCUGAUCUUCAUAACCGGUUGCUCCUGCCAGUUCAAGUGUCCAGACAGGACGGGCUUUUUCCCGGAUCCGGUCCAAUGUGACCUUUACUACGUCUGCUCUAAGGGCGAGUUCGAGGAGAAACUGUGCCCAGAUGGGCUGGUUUUCGACGCCAGGGACCCCAAUCACGAGAGGUGCGAUAUCCCAGCGAACGUGGAUUGCGAUGAGCGAACCGAAUUACAGGAACCCCAACCCAGCCCCGGGUGCCCCCGCGCCAAUGGUUAUUACCGCCACUCCGAUCCCCUAGCUUGUGAUAAAUUCUUUAACUGCGUCAAUGGGGUACCCCACGAACUCCCCUGUCCCCCCGGCCUCAUCUACGACGACACCUCCAGCACGUGCGCGUGGGCCGACAACAGUAAAAGACAAGACUGCAAAAAAGCUAAACGAGACAAGCUAGAUGAUGGUUUUUCGUGUCCCGAAGAAGAGACUUUGGGUCCCAAUGGUCGCAAGUUACCCCACCCCACUUUCGCCCAUCCGGAAGACUGCAGCAAAUUCUACAUCUGUAGAAACGGGGUAAUGCCCCAAAAGGGGUCGUGUACCAAGGGGUUGGUCUACAACGAAGAGACUUUUUCGUGUGACGACCCCAAAGAUGUCCCUGGAUGUGAGGACUUCUACGAAAAGGCAGAGAAGUCGAAGACGAAGAAAGCUUGAAGAAUGAAGUAGUUUUAAUUUUUUUUACAUUGUGUGUAUUUUUUUUAUUUUGUAUUAGCGAACAAAGUGUGACCUGCUUUUUGCAGCACGCUGUACGCCAAUUUCUUUUUUAGGAAUGUAUUCAAAUGAAAAAAAAAAGACAAGUUAUCAAACAA